UUCUCCCGCUUACCUAUGUCCUCGAAGCACGAGAAAAAAAAAAGAUCUUUUCGCGGUAACUACAAAAAAAGGGGGAUAGCUUGUCUUCUCUUCUCUUCUCUGCUAUUCAUAGUAACUUCACCUAUCUCUCUGAACGAAAAAACCAUGAACUUCUCGGCGGCACCGUCAGCCACUUUUCGCGGGAAUCUCGUUCCCUCCUCGCGCUGCGCCACUUGCUUUGAAUUCAAUCUUCGUUGUCAACUUCCUUCCUCCAUUGGUUUUCGCCGCUCUCUACGGCGUUGGAGUUCCUUCAAGCUGAGCUCGAGCUUCAGAGGGAAGAGACGAAUUGCUUGUAGUGUUACUGAGCCACAUUCAGAUCCCGAGGGUGACAAUGAGGAGGAAAAAAAAGAACAUAAAACUGGAGAAACACAACCUUUGCAAGAUUCCUUUGAGCAAAGUAGUCCUCAGUCUGAAGAUGUAGAACAGCUAAAUAGUUUUAGUGAAAAUAAGGAUCAAAGUGAUGUGCAGAGUGUGGAUACCAUUGAAGUUGCCAGUGGAUCACCACUGCCAGGUGUGAAGCCUCAGCAACUGGAUGAUGCAAUAAAAAUUCCCAAGGAAACUAUUGAAAUUCUUAAGAACCAAGUAUUUGGAUUUGAUACCUUUUUUGUGACAAGCCAAGAUCCUUAUGAGGGUGGGGUGUUGUUUAAAGGAAAUCUACGAGGGCAAGCUUCUAAAAGUUAUGAUAAGAUAUCAAAAAGGAUGCAAGAAAAAUUCGGAGAUGAAUACAAACUUUUCCUGCUGGUCAAUCCUGAGGAUGAUAAGCCAGUUGCUGUAGUGGUUCCAAGAACAACCUUACAACCUGAGACAACUGCGGUACCUGAAUGGUUUGCUGCUGGAGCUUUUGGACUUGUUACUGUGUUUACGUUAUUGCUUCGCAAUGUUCCUGCUUUGCAAUCUAAUUUAUUAUCAACUUUUGACAAUCUGAACUUGUUAAAGGAUGGCUUGCCUGGGGCCGCUGUUACUGCUCUCAUUCUGGGUAUACAUGAACUUGGCCACUUUUUAGUUGCCCAGAACAUUGGUGUUAAGCUUGGGGUUCCAUUCUUUGUUCCUAGCUGGCAGAUAGGCUCUUUUGGUGCUAUUACAAGGAUAAGAAACAUCGUAUCCAAUCGUGAAGAUCUGCUAAAGCUUGCUGCUGCUGGACCAAUAGCUGGCUUUUCCUUGGGUUUUCUGCUUCUGCUUUUAGGUUUUGUCUUACCUCCAAGUGAUGGUCUUGGCGUUGUUGUUGAUGCCUCUGUAUUUCACGAGUCAUUUCUUGCUGGCGGCAUUGCAAAGCUGCUUCUUGGUGAGGUGCUCAAGGACGGCACGCCAAUCUCCGUCAAUCCUCGAUGGAGGGAGAAUAUCUUUUGCCAUAUGGGGAAGAAAGGCGUCAGUUCGCUUGACAGGAUUUUCGAUUGUGUUGCUUGGACUCUCGUCUCUGAUUGAUGAUGUAGCAUUCUACUGGGUAGUUCUCAUAUUUUUCUUGCAACGAGGUCCAAUUUCUCCUCUCUCUGAAGAAAUAAGUGAUCCUGAUCAGAAGUAUGUUGCGUUUGGAAUAACAGUUUUGCUCUUAGGCUUGUUGGUGUGCUUGCCUUAUCCUUUUCCAUUUACAGAUGAAACACUAGCAAGUUUCUAGCAAUAAUGGCCACGUAACUCUGGCAGCACUGCUAGAGAGUGUUCGUGCAUGAAAGUUUUGAAAAAUUGAGUGUACACUAUAGGAUUGUCAAUGAAUCGUAACCGUUAACGUCCGUUCAAACAUAUACUUCUCAAGAUAUCAAACAUCAUUGUUCCACACGUCCCCCUUUGUAAUUCAUGGAAUUCGUUUAUACAAGGACGUUUUCUUUUUUUUCUUUUUUUU